CACAUCAUCACGCCCUCCCACCUCGGUGGAGUAGCUCGGGCGUGUUCCACAGAAUCAAUCGAGCUCAUCAUGGCGUUUGGAUACGGCAGCUGGAGUUCGUUUCUCCCGUCGGUCUUUUCAAAACCGUGAAUUUACCAGUUUACAUGCUCUCUCUGACCAUUCCGGAAAGUGUAGAAUACAGUGACUUGUAAAAAUACUUCACGCUAUGAAGCAGAAUAGACUGUGAAAACUACAUUACCUACGAAAUAGGCUUGUAUCCCGAAGUCGCUUAUUCCUUGGCUUGCUUGUUCGCUAUCAAAGUCGAGAGAGAAAUUGUUCGAAAAGGAGAGGAGGGGUGGAAGAGGAGGCCCUUCUUUGAGCUGAUGCAGACGCUAUGGCCAUAGAUGCGGCAUGGGAGUGACGUGACAGACAGCAGGACAGGGCUUCCUAAACACUACCCGUCAACCCCACCGCCAUGCUCCUCCUGUUGAAAUAGAAGCACAGAACAGAGGAGAGAGGGUGGAGACAGAAAGAAUGGACGAGUCUGUGCUGUUGGACUUGCUGGAGUGCCCUGUGUGUUUGGAGCGGCUGGAUGCCACAGCCAAGGUCCUCCCCUGCCAACACACCUUCUGCCGCCGCUGCCUUCAGGGCAUUCUGGGCUCCCGGGGAGAGCUUCGCUGCCCAGAGUGCCGUACGCUGGUGGAGUGUGCUGUGGAUGAGCUGCCCAGCAACAUCCUCCUGGUUCGCCUGCUGGACGGCAUCAAACAGAGGCCGCGCAGGGCGGGGCCCGUCGCCGCGGUCUGCGUGAAUGGCACGGCCGGGGUCAGGGUUCAGGGUAGUGGACCCAGAGACCCAGGAGCACAGCCACAGAGAGCCCAGGCCAAGAGCACCCCGGUGAGGGGAGUUCUUCAGCUGCCCUGUGCCAAGGCCCUGUACAACUAUGAUGGCAAGGAGCCAGGGGACCUCAAGUUCAGCAAGGGUGACAUCAUCAUCCUGCGACGCCAGGUGGACGAGAACUGGUACCACGGGGAGAUGGGUGGAGUCCAUGGCUUCUUUCCCACCAACUUCGUCCAGAUCAUCAAGCCUCUGCCCCAGCCCCCACCCCAGUGCAAGGCCCUGUACGACUUUGAGCUCAAAGACAAGGAGGCGGACAAGGACUGCCUGCCCUUCACUAAGGAUGAUAUUCUGACUGUGAUUCGCAGAGUGGAUGAAAACUGGGCGGAGGGAAUGUUGGGGGAUAAAAUUGGAAUCUUCCCCAUAUCAUAUGUUGAGUUCAACUCUGCGGCCCGCCAGCUGAUUGAGCUGGACAAGCCCGGGGACUCCAGCGGGGAUUCUGGCGAGGGGGCCUCGUCGGGCCCCCUGAGUAAUGGUGGCCCCCACCGGGCCGGGGAGAAGAAGAACACCAAGAAACGCCACUCGUUCACCUCGCUCACCAUGUCCCACAAGCCCUGCCUCGCCCCACCUCCCCAAAGGCACUCCAUGGAGAUCAGCGGGCCGGUCCUGAUCAGCUCGUCCAACCCCACGGCCGCGGCACGCAUUGGGGAGCUCAGCGGAGGACUGUCCUGUAGCGCCCCCUCUCAGGUACACAUCUGUACAACUGGACUCAUAGUGACCCCUCCCCCCAGCAGUCCGGUGACCACGGCAACAGUGUUCACAUUCCCCCCGGAGACCAGCUACGCGUCCAUCCCUGUGGAUGCGCUCCCUCCUCCCCCGCCUCCUCCCCCACAAUCCUCAGCUGUGGGAGCCGCCUCCUCGUUGGCUGCCAGUCAGAGGCCAUCUCCAAGCACCAGCGACCAGAGUGGCAGACAAAGACCUACAGUCUACGUGGCCCUGUUCCCCUACACUCCCCGUAAAGAGGACGAGCUGGAGCUGAGGAAGGGGGAGAUGUUCCUGGUUCUGGAGCGCUGUCAGGACGGAUGGUUCAAAGGCACCUCCAUGCACACGGGCAAGAUCGGAGUGUUCCCCGGGAACUACAUGAGCCCUGUCAGCAGGACGGCGUCAGGCAACAGCCAGACCAAAACGCCCCUGGCUCUGGUAACCCAGGCUGGGCGGGGGGUCACCAUCGUCAGCCCCUCCUCAGCUACCCUGGGGACCGUUGUUCCAGACUUCAACAAGCCCCUCCCCGUCUGCCCAGGCCCCUCCUGCCCAGUACCCGUUGGCGGGGUGACGGCUGGUCAUGUGGCAACGGGACAGGCCAAGGCGCUCAUGCAUGUGACGUCACAGAUGACGGUGAACCAGGCGCGGAACGCUGUCCGGACAGCGGCUUGCCACAGUCAGGACCGGCCCACGGCUGCCGUGACGCCCAUCCAGUGCCAGCCCUCCACUUCCUCCAACGCUGCUCAAGGCUGUGUCCGCGCCGGGCCUCCGCUUGGCUGCGCCGCCGCCUCCCUGACCCCGCCCAACGUCAGCGCCGCCUCCCUGGACAGCGAAUCCCUUCGAACGUCAGCGGUGCUCUCCGUGCCUGCCGCCCCCACCAACGGCAGCGCGGCCACAGCCAACUCCUUCCUCGCCUGUAGGCUGGACAAGGAUGGCAAGCGGGAAAAGAAAGGUCUUCUGAAGCUGUUGUCCUCCAACAAGAAGAAGUCUCGCCCCUCGCCUCCCUCUUCCCCCACCCUCGAGGCGGAGCAGGCCGCCACGGGGGAGGUCUUUCAGGGUGCGGCAGGGCCUGAGGCCUCCCCCUCGUCUUCCGCGGGCCCCCACGGCCGUACAGUCAUCUGUCCAGGGGAGCCGGAGACUGCUGCAGCCGCCGCGUCCUCUUCGUCUUCCUCAGCCCCAGAGCUGUCCCACCGUAAGAUCAGCCCCCUGGAUGGCUGUGCCCCCAUCGCCCCGCCCCCUCGCCAGGCAUGCUCCUCCCUCAUCUCCCAGCAGCAUGAUGCCCGGCCAAUCAUAUGCGAAAGGUACAGAGUGGUGGUGUCCUACCCCCCUCAAAGCGAGGCGGAGCUGGAGCUGAAGGAGGGAGACAUAGUGUUUGUCCACAGGAAGCGGGAUGACGGCUGGUUUAAAGGAACCCUCCAGAGGAACGGCAGAACCGGUCUGUUCCCCGGCAGCUUUGUAGACAGCAUCUGAUUUGACCGUCUGACUCACACAGGACCACAGCAGAAAGACCGUGACCAGACCACACCACUAACCCCACCAUCAAUGGUACCACAUCAAACGUUGCCGUUGCCUUGUUUUCAGUGGCCAUACUGCGAGCUGACCCAAUCACGUUGCCACGGACAAUAACAUUGGAUGAAUAUGUAAACAACCUUCAAAGAGGUCCUCAAAGCACGGAGAGGACUGGAUAAAUCGUUUAAAGAUAGCUGUGGAGCUCACAGAGAGGACUGGAUAAAUCGUUUAAAGAGAGCUGUGGAGCUCACAGAGAGGACUGGAUAAAUCGUUUAAAGAGAGCUGUGGAGCUCACAGAGAGGACUGGAUAAAUCGUUUAAAGAGAGCUGUGGAGCUCACAGAGAGGACUGGAUAAAUCGUUUAAAGAGAGCUGUGGAGCUCACAGAGAGGACUGGAUAAAUCGUUUAAAGAGAGCUGUGGAGCUCACAGAGAGGACUGGAUAAAUCGUUUAAAGAGAGCUGUGGAGCUCACAGAGAGGACUGGAUAAAUCGUUUAAAGAGAGCUGUGGAGCUCACAGAGAGGACUGGAUAAAUCGUUUAAAGAGAGCUGUGGAGCUCACAGAGAGGACUGGCAGUUGAAAGCACAGUGGACAGAGCUGGAGGAGAGCACACUACUCAUGUUGAACUUCUGUUUUGUCAGUUAUUUAUAUCUGUUACCCUUCAAAAUGUUAAGUGUGCCUUGUACUGUUUCUCACUUUAUUGUAAAUAAGGAAACAAAGAUGAUCAGAGAGUCACAAAAACAAUGUUUUAACUUAUUUUUUAAGUUUUGUUUUGUUUCGGGGUUUGGAUGCGCUCUGCAUUUUGUACAUUGAGUGUCGAGGGGUGCCGGCCUUAUGGCGUGUUUCCUACAUCACCUUUUGCUCCUUUCCUAUUGGUCCUCCUUGCUGUAUGUGGAUACUGCAUGACGUCUGCUGAUUGACUGCUAAGCAAACAUGCAGAACACAGCAGACACGAUGAGGGCCGGUGUUGGCAGUAUCAGUGCAUGCAGUGUAUCGAGAUGGGCUCGCUGGGGGCCUAAUUCCAAUCUGAUUCCUUGAAUCUAUACUCCUAUUGACUGGAAGUGAUCAGCUGGACUGUAUGGCAGCAUCUAUGUACCCUGUGGUUGGGUAAUUGUCUGGUACGUUGCAAAAUCCCAUCCUUGAAAGAGGUUAAGGACCUUUUUGGAAUUGGGUCCUGUACUUCACUCCAACAAUGGAAUUUGCACAACCCGCCCCAAACACCGCUUUGACCCAUGGUACCCCAGAUUGCGCUCUCCCUGGGCUCCAAUAAAAACACAUUGAGAGAAACAUUAUGGUGAAUUUAUUACGCUGUCGUUGCUUUGCUGUCGGGGCCAGGGUUAUAGACACGUUUCCCGUAUACGUGAAGAGGUCCUGGGAGAGGGUUUUUGUUUUGGCCUUUAUUGAGAUGUUGAAAAUAAACACUCCAUAGAUCUUACAAUCAAAUGUUCCUUUAAUGCUGUAAAUUCUUCUGUGUGUACUUAUUGAACAUGGUAGCUGCUCGCCCGCUCUGUUAGUAGAAGACGCACCCUAUCGGACAUGGCUCUGGUUCUCACGUGAGCGAACAGACACCAUUAUACCCUACAGUAAGCAUGUGCUACGACAGGCAUAGCUACAUUUGAAGUCAUUCAUUCUUUUAGUAUUUAUGUCCAGGUGGACCUAUACAACGGAGGCCCUGUCUCCUCCAGCGUCUGACAGCCUUGAUAGGGAUGGCCUUUGAGGGCUCUCGUUUCAAUGCUACAAGACAAAACACUGCUUACUUCUGAUGCAUAGACUGUUUUUCAGAAUGUAAAAAAAAUCGUUAAUAUCACUCCAUUAAUACAAGCUUGUGUAAUUCUCCUUGAGGUUGCGAGAUGAGGUUUUUAAAUACCGGUCUGUGACUUGGAGACAGUAGAGUCUGGGUUUUGUCUGGUGAAGCUGUACAGUGCUAUGUCAAUACAAUGUGUGUGAUCUUAAUAGUUCUAUAGACUUGAAUCUGAUUUUUGUGGUUGGUUAGAUGGGCCUUGGAGCCAGUUUUGUUGUUUUUGGUUUGUUUCAAAGCACAAAGUGGAGGGAGUUGGAUGUGAAUGAGUGGGUUUUGAGAGGCUUCCUUCUUACGCUCAACUCCUUUCAUUUCCAAAAUAAUCCAGUGGGGGCGAAAUGUCACUUCACUCUCUUCUCUCCUCCUCGUUCUCCUCCUCAGUCUUUUAGUCUUUGUAAUGAGACUGACAGCACUGCUAACAAGUGACAGGAACAUCAGGCACCAUACAAUGAGCCAUUGAUUUGACCCCAUAUUUUUUGGCAGUGGAGAACAUUUAAAUUGGAUUAUAUUAGUCAGUGAUUGAUAGUUAAGUAGCUGUUCUAUUGUUGGUGGGCUGUGAGGUAACUGCCUGCCUUCACUGUAGUACCUCAGACAGACUCCUGAUGGAGCCUCUUCUAUCAGACGCUGUGGUACGAUACCCACAGCCUAGUCUAAAUCGUAGAUUGGACCUUUAGAGUCUAAUCCUACAAAAUGUUAAAAUGUUGAGGCCAUUUUAAACACCAGAUUCUGAUACACUUUAUAGAUUCCAUUUGUCCAACCUGAGGGGAAUUGAGGUAACUGAGUUUUCUGGAGAUUUUCCAAAGCCUGUUUGGUUGAGUGUUUGUGUCAGGCAGAGUAAUGGGGACCACUGUGUGACUGACUGCUGGGUAUGUUGUAGAUUGUUGUUUUAAGUGGUGGCUAGAAGCUGUAUAAAGUGGUAUGAAACACUGUUCAGAGCUUUUAUUUGCUUUUCUAUUUUUCUUUUGCGUAGAAUGAACCUAAUAUUCCACUGUUGUCUUGGCAUUCACCAUCUCCACUUCACUUUUUUAAUGCUCAAAUUGUUUCACAUUUGAAGCAUUUUCUGUUACUGCAUUGCCUUUUUCCAUACAUCUAACACACACACACACACACACACACACACACACACACACACUUUCACCUACUGUAUUUUCAUUUCAAUCAUCUUGAUUUUCAUAUCUAUAGCUGGAGGUUCAAAUAAUGCUUAUUCUUUACAUUCUGACUGUCAAGAACAUCUGAACCAGUUAGCUUGGCUGUUCCUGUGAACAUGUUUUUACUGUAAUCUCAUGCCUUGUUGGAACUCAAGGUAGCACUAAAGUCUGCUUUAUUAAACUAAACAGAUUGUC